CGAGGCUUCAGCUUUCCCUUCCCUCUUUUCUCAUAAAAUGGCGGCCAUCAAAUCGCUCAACCCAAAAGCUGAAGUCGCUCGCUCAGCAGCAGCGCUUAGCCUUAAUAUAACGGCAGCCAGAGGACUUCAAGAUGUACUGAAGACAAAUUUAGGCCCGAAAGGGACCAUGAAAAUGUUGGUAUCUGGAUCAGGUGAUAUAAAGUUGACUAAGGAUGGAAACGUGUUGUUGCAUGAAAUGCAAAUCCAGCAUCCCACAGCAUCACUGAUUGCGAGAGUUGCCACUGCUCAGGAUGACAUUACUGGUGAUGGAACUACAUCCAAUGUCAUGAUAAUUGGGGAACUCUUAAAACAGGCUGACCUUUAUGUAUCCGAGGGAUUGCAUCCAAGGCUUGUUACAGAAGGAUUUGAAGUGGCAAAGAAGAAAGCACUUGAGGUCCUUGAAGAAGUAAAAGUGAGCCGAGAAAUGGAUAGAGACACUCUGAUUAAUGUUGCCAAGACAUCUCUUCGGACUAAAGUCAGGACUGAGCUGGCUGAUUUACUAACAGAGGUUGUGGUAGAUGCCGUACUGACCAUCAGAAAGCCCAAGAAGCCCAUUGAUCUUCACAUGGUGGAGGUUAUGGAGAUGCGGCACAAGACAGACUCUGAUUCAAAACUGGUGAAAGGACUGGUAAUGGACCAUGGAGCAAGACACCCUGACAUGAAGAAGAUGGUGGAGGAUGCUUUUAUUCUUACCUGUAAUGUCUCCAUGGAGUAUGAAAAGAGUGAAGUAAACUCUGGCUUUUUCUACAAGAGUUCAGAGGAGAGAGAGAAGCUUGUUGCAGCAGAACGCAAGUUCACUGAUGAUAAAGUACAGAAGAUUAUUGAUCUCAAGAAGCAGGUCUGUGAGGGCAACAAUAAAGGCUUUGUAGUGAUUAACCAAAAGGGCAUUGACCCAUUCUCUCUAGACAUGCUGGCCAAGGAGGGUGUUGUGGCACUGCGCCGAGCCAAGAGAAGAAACAUGGAAAGAAUCCCCCUGGCUUGCGGAGGACUUGCCAUCAACUCUGUGGAAGAUUUGACCCCUGAUGUCCUUGGGCAUGCUGGACUUGUCUAUGAACAUGUGUUGGGAGAAGACAAGUACACUUUUAUAGAAGACUGCAAGCACCCUGAGUCUGUCACUAUCCUAAUAAAAGGUCCUAACAAACACACCCUGAGCCAGAUCAAGGAUGCGAUCCGUGAUGGCUUAAGAGCUGUCAAGAAUGCAAUUGAGGAUGGGUGUGUUGUGCCAGGCGCUGGUGCCUUGGAGAUCGCAAUACAUGCAGCUUUGAUAGAUUUUAAAAAGACAGUCAAAGGUCGGGCACGACUGGGCGUUCAAGCAUUCGCUGACGCCUUGCUCGUGAUUCCCAAAACCCUGGCUCAGAACUCUGGGUUUGAUCCUCAGGAGACUAUGGUCAAGUUACUGGAGGAGUAUGCUGAUAGCAACACACCAGUUGGUGUUGACCUUUCCUCAGGUGAAGCUAUGAUACCAGCCGAUGCGGGCGUGUGGGAUAACUAUCGGGUCAAACGGCAGCUUCUGCACUCGUGUACUGUGAUUGCCAGCAAUCUUCUAUUGGUCGACGAAGUGAUGCGAGCUGGCAUGUCAUCGCUCAAAGGAAAUUAACCCCAUUCUCCCCCCCCCCCCCCCAUUAGUGUGAUAUUGUAAAGCACUCCACACCUAUUUGGCGCUGCUUUAUCUGAUUGGCUGCGUCACGAAUACAGAUGCACACCCCCGUCUCAAAAAGGUCCGUUAAUAUUGGAACUUUGUAAUAUUGAGCCUUGUGAAGAUUGUUAGAGAAUCUUGCGCAAUUAAAAGCAAUUAUUAUUCCUGAA